AUGGCAGCCCACUUGAACAGCCCACACACCCGAAGGAAGGCCUGCUCGCGCUACUAUUCAUCAUCUCCCUCGCGCUGCGACGUCCUCCUGGCUGCAACACCCGACGGCGGUCCUGUCCUUCCGACGUCAACAGCCUUCACUCGCCUAACCGCUGCACCGCCAAGACUCGAUCAUCGCGCCUCCAUCAGGUCUCAUUCUCGUGGACCUUCUCGCUACGACACCGGGCCUACUUAUCCAGUACCGAGACCACUACGCCGAGAUCGGACCGCCACACCACCGCCUCUGUUCAAGCUCGCGUUGCCUCAGUCAGGGCUCACGUCGCCUCGGGUUAACCAAGCGCCAACUAAGCCCGCGCUCGAGUCGCCUCUGCACCUGCCGAUAUUCGCUCGUCGCACCGCCCGGUCUCGCUUCAGCAGAUCCCCAUCGCCACAAACUUUGGUCUGGUCAUCUGGUGCCGUGGUAACGACGCCGAGAUCUGCCCAGCACGGUCUGAAUCGACUCACGUGCUACCACGAGUUUGCUCCACCUUCAUCGCCUCGUCGGACUACUAGUGCUCGGGAACUGCAUCUCCUUUCGCUCACGCUGGGCCUCGUUGCUGGUCCGAGUCGCUACCCGCUGCCACUGGUUCAGGCUUGCGGUCGCCUUCGGACCUCGCGUGCGACCACUGGUUCGAGUUGCCUCGCUGCCACGACCCGCUUGCGCUCCGAAGUGAAGACCACACCUGGACCAACCUCGCGGAACCGUCCCCACGGGCUCCUGCUCAGAUGCAACUUCAACCGCUCUUGCCCUCAAACCAGCCGUCUACUUCGGUUCCUCCCUCUCACGACGGACUCCCGAAGGUUGAGCGCCAGCUACAUUGUUCAACUCCCUCUCGCCACCGACAGAUCAACCAAACCGGCGACGCCUGAACUCGUCCUCUAUGCCCGCUGCUCAACGACCAACGCAGGGUCCCGAACUGACCAGCUUCCCACAAGUCGGCCGACGAACCGAACUGACUCAGUCCCAACGAGUAUACUAACAACAAACUAA